UUCAACUUGUUUUUUUUCCAGUGGUUUUUGCAAAAAUAGGUCAAUUCUGCGUUCAAAUUUAGCCCCCAAAUUUUGCUGUUAUGAAUUUCUGUUGCUUAUUACUGGAUAAAUAAGGUUGCUACUUCCCUUGUGAAAAGAGAGCCUCGUGUCCAGGAAUACACUGACUAUCCUACAGCAUAUAACAACUUAAUUUCCCAUCGUGAGUCAAUAAAACGCUAUUACUCUGGUGGCUUUCUCGAAAAAAGUCGAUAAUGCCAAUGGGUUGCUUUUGUUCUCAACACGACCAGAGCAGUGAAGAUGUAAAAGAAGGGAAACGAACCAACAAAUUAAUCACUGAGCAAAUUAAUAAAGACAAGCAUGAGUACAGAAGCACACACCGAUUGUUGCUAUUAGGGGCUGGAGAAUCUGGUAAGAGCACAAUCGUAAAACAAAUGAGAAUUCUUCACGUAAAUGGCUUUACCCCAGAAGAGAAAAGAAAUAAAAUAGUUGACAUUAAGAAAAAUAUGAGAGAUGCUAUGGUGGCAAUUAUGAUGGCCAUGGGUGACUUAGAACCUCCUGUGUUAGUUGACAAAGAAAGCAAUGCAGCACGACGGGAAUACAUCCUACAUGAAGCUAUUUAUUAUAAAGAAGAAGAAGACUUCGACGAGAGCUUUUUUGACACUAUCGAAGAGCUGUGGUCAGAUGCGGGCGUCCAAAAAUGUUUCGACCGAAGCAACGAAUACCAGCUUAUAGACUGCGCAAAAUAUUUCCUUGACCAAAUCAAAACCAUUCGGCUGAAAGAUUACAGUCCUACAGACCAGGACCUGUUACGCUGCCGAGUUCUGACUAGGGGCAUUUUUGAAACCAAAUUUUCCGUCGAAAAAGUCAAUUUUCACAUGUUUGAUGUCGGCGGUCAGCGCGAAGAGAGAAGAAAAUGGAUUCAAUGUUUUAACGAUGUGACUGCCAUUAUCUUCGUGGUUGCAAGCAGCAGUUACGACAUGACCCUACGUGAGGAUACAGGGCAAAACAGACUUAAAGAAGCUCUCGAUCUGUUUAGAAACAUAUGGAAUAAUAGGUGGCUGAAAACGAUCUCCGUGAUUCUGUUUCUCAAUAAACAAGAUGUUCUUACCCAAAAAGUCACAACGGGCCGAUCAAAAGUUGAAACAUACUUUCCAGAGUUUAAGAAAUAUGAUAUACCUUCAGAUGCUACAGUAAACCACAAUGAAAACCCUGAUGUCACUAAAGCAAAAUACUUCAUUCGCAAUGAAUUUUUACGGAUAAGCACUACCGGAGAAGGCCGCCACUACUGCUACCCCCAUUUCACGUGCGCUGUAGACACGGAAAACAUUCGAAAAGUGUUUCAAGAUUGCCGCGAUAUCAUACAGCGUAUGCACCUGCGACAGUACGAAUUAUUGUGAUCGAAAAAACGCUCUUAUUUCUAAGAGUGAAAUCCGAAAUCGUAACGGUCAAGGGCCCUGCCCAAAAGGCGCCGUUUUGUUCACUGUUGCAGAGGUCCGAUUUCAAAAACCGCACGACGCGAACUAAAAAUCGUCUAUUUACUGGGCCCUGCUCGGCGGCGCCCACUGACGGCCGCCUUUUUUUCGAUGAAAUGGCAUAAUUAGGUAAUCGUUCAAGCUGGUUUUCCUGUUCAAAAAAUCACGAAAUGCGUCGUCGUUUUGAAAUGAUUAUUAUGAAUGUUAUUAUUAUUAUUAUUUUUUCUCUUAUUACCCCUAAACCACUACGAAAAACAAUUCGUACAGUCCGGCCCAGCGCGUGUCCCCCCACCCCCCCGCUUUUGUGUGUGCUUUUAAAACGUCAUAAUGUUCAUCGUUAGGCACUUGUGCAUUUUAGUUCUUUUCCUACCAACGUGGGAGCAUUUUCUAGCCUAAAAAAAUGGCCCAAAACCCGGAAAAUUAAGGCUUCUCAAAACUCACUCCGGUGCUAAAAAACUUAGCUCUCGGGCGCCACAAUGUGACACGUUCACGAUAGAAACACUAUUUUCAGCGCUAAACCAUACACACACGCAGUCCCGAAAAAGCAAAAACCCCGAGCACCAUCGUAAAUGAAUAUUUCUUAUUUUUUAAUAUUGUUGUAAUUAUUAGGGACGAGACGAGUGAAAUAAGUAAAAAAGUUUUCAAAAAA